CUUCUCCAGACAACGAAUGUAACGAUUAAACAAAUGCUGUACAUCUUGUGAUAUUCAUGACAUCUCAUCAAACACCAGGCUAUUCAGUCGUCAUAACAACAUUAAUAGUCGCCUCAGUUUGAAGCGGCCGCCUAAAGUCCAUGAAUGAGGACGAUGAUGUGAAACCUGCCUGGACUCACAGCUCGAAUGUUUUAGUGUAUAGUAUAAAAAAAGAGCUUUACAUCAUGUCUGACCCGGUUCAGACCACCUCUGACAGUCUGUGUAAACUCGUCCGCUGGGCUCACAGCCACGGCACCAUCUGCAACCUCAUCCCCAGCCUGCAGCACCUCACCUAUGAUUUCCACGGUAACGUGCUGACACCAGAACCCGGCCCACAUGGCAGCAGCGACCCAGUCGCCGUGUGGGGUUGUGGCGCUGGACACGCCUACCACUGGCCCCUCAGUGACCAUAGCAACAGCUACGGAGGCUUAGCGAAUACCAGCCAGGGCCAGGAGAGGUUUGUUGGAGGGCGUCCGUGCAAUAAGGUGACAGCGAGGGCGUCAUGUGACCUGUCCUGUAGCGAAGCAGCAUCACAGGGGGAGGAGUUCAGCAGCCGGCUGUUUGACAUCGACGGAUGCGAUUCGUCGGCCACAGACGAAGAUGACGACUACGAGCCACGCCCAUCCAGGAAAAGAGGAGGGUCAUCUGGAGGAGCCUUUCCCGGGAAGAAGGUCAAGCAGGAAGCAACCUCUGCAGAGGCUUAUGACACUAGCACAGGGCUGGCAGUGACAGACAUUGUUUCACAGGCUUGUCGGGCAACAAACACACACUCUCAAAUCACACACACACUGUUGCCCAUCAAGUCCCAGCAUGGACUAGAUCUGGGGUGUGAGAGGGUAAUGGACCCAGAGAUGGAGCUGCUAGGAGGAGGCAGCUGCAGGACAGGGACCAUGGAGCAGGCCAGGAGAUGCAGCUCCGCCACAGAGACUACAGAGAGGACUGCAGACGAGCAGAAUGAGCUGGAGAAGCUGCGAGCGUUACUUUGCGCGGAACGAAGCCGUAACCAGCAGAUGACGGAGAUCAUCUCCAGUCUGAAGCAGGACAAAGAGCUGCUGCAGCACGAACUCACGAAAAAAUCUGAACUCAUCUGUGACUUUCUGCAGGACAAACUGCGGCCAGAGAAGAGGUGGCCUUGUCGCUCUAAUCAGAUGGAACCAGGAAGUUCCCUCAUGCCCUCUUCUGGCGAUGUGGCGGGAGUUGAUUCGCCGACACUGUUUGACUCAUUUGAGGAAAUGGAGCUUCACCCUCUGGACCGCCAACGGACCCUGAAAAGCAAGAGGAGCCGGGACGGAGAAAACACCCGAGUCAGGAUGAAAAAUGUGGUGGGUGUGAUAGCGCGCUACAUGGCAGCCCUCCAGGAGUUUCGCCGCAGUGUCUCCAUGAAGGUGGCCUUUGACCGGGUCGGCGUGGACCGCAACACGAUCUCCCGUACGGCGUCCAUAGCUGAGCUCAGCCUGGCCGCUCCGGAGGUGUUUAAUGCACUGGCACCGUGGGAUGAGAAAGAGGAGACGCUGGCACAUUAUGCCCACCGCUGCCGGCAGUCUAUGGAUGAAAACAUUAAGGCCAAGAUCAAAAUGAUGAAGGUAAAAGGUGAACUGCUGCCCAUUGUGUCCAAGAGUUACAGACUGGCUCCUUCGGACUGAAUCAGAGGUCUACAAUGCACACGUCUUGUACAUGUAAAAAGAAAGGCCACCCUUGGAUUCUCCUAUUCUACUGUUAGAUACCGCACCAUCUGAGUCUGUGCUCCUCAUUGUAUUGUAAUUAGACUUCCUGCCUGCUGUCCAAUCCAUUUCUCCUUGGAUGGUUGUGGAACGUUCACGCUAAAUCGCGACCUCUGGAAAGAAUAAGCUCUUGUUCUUAAAGGUCUCCGGGACUUUCAACUUAAACUGCAACUCUGAAUUAAUCACAACCAAGAUUAAAGAUCAAACAAACCAUAAAAGUGAUAUACAAUGAGUAUAGAUUAAUUAUGUGGUGGUCACUGAAACCACUUAAUAAUUAUGUGGCUCCGCCUUCAAUGUUCCAGUAAAACGUCUCAUCAAUCAUCACAUUUUUUUAAUGCAUGGUAAUAUACUGUAUUUAUUGUGUUGUUUUGUGUGCUGCCGACCACUGUUUUACAAUAAACCACUUAAAACUGA